UCUACUGCAGAUUGACCAAACCAAAACUAGCUGUCUGCAUCUUCUAAAAGUGCAACAAGUUCACAUAACAAGAUCUUAUGCAUAUAUUGAAACUAGAAAAUUUUAACACUUUCCUAAGUUUGAUUCCGGAUUAUUCAGUACUUCUCAUGUGUAAGAACUUGAAAACAAAAUGAUAUACAAUUAUGAUGUAGCAAGAUUAUUCAGAGCUUUACAGAUUAGCUUCUGAUGCAUUCGACUGAGCUUGACAUUUGAUGAGCAUUUUAAACAUAAACUCUUACUGUGAACAGACAUUCCUGAUGGAUCAGCAGGUCUGGAAUAAUGUCACCAAACAGAUGGAAGAAAGCAGUGCAGAGAAAAGAAUGAAGAAGUCCACAAUAAGUGAUACAAAAACAGUUAAUGGUGGAAUGAAAUCGAAGCCUUCAAUGUCAGAGAAAGACGGGGACUCUACGCACUUAGAAAGAAACAAUUACACACGCACUGAACAAACAAAAACACUAUGCACAAACGAUGACAACUCUGAUUUGGCUGAACGUGAAAAAUUCUCUUGUCUUAAGAUAAACGUAAGUAGCUAUUCAGAUACAUACACUCCAGAGACAGAGUUCCACAUAUGUUAUAAUAAACAACCAAAAUCACCGCCAUCUACAGAACAACUGGGAAACGAAACUUUUCCCAUUCAAAGAGAUGGAAGUAUUAUUGUAAAACUUCCUAACAAGACAUUGGUUACCGAUGGAAUACUCGCAGAUUCCGUCCAGCUCAAUGGAAAGGUGCCAUGUGAUGUUACGCUAGAGAAAAUCGAUAAGGUAAGUAUGGCUCUGUUUGAAAAAGAAAGAACCCUACAAGCUUUUAGCAAAGUGCCGGAAAAUCCCAAAGUUGCUCAGAAAGUCGAAAUUAAUAUACAAGAAGAUGGCUUAAAAAACGAUGGAAUAAGCUCUAAAAAUGAAAAUAAACAAACAAUCGUAUGCGAAACACUCGACCACAACUAUGGAAAGGACCAAAUUACACAGCAAUGGCAACUGCUUCGUGGAAAUGAUCUGUCACCGCCAAAACUAUUUUCAGAUCAGAAAAAAGGAAACGGCAGGACUAUUUCAGCUCAACAACUUGCUUCAGAAAUUAUUACACCCGUCGUUUCACAAACAGAACUCACAUUAAGUGGAUCUAACAGCGUAUCCAAUAUAGAAAUGGGUCAGGAGCCUAAUGAUGCAUCGGUAGGUUUUAAAGAACUCAAUGAUUAUCUCAUAGAUUCACAUAUAAUAAAAGACUCGAGUAUCCAACCACAAAAUCAAAUUAUGCCUUUUGUUGUUAAACACGAACAAAACUUAGACAAAAAAAUUACUAAAAAUGAACCUAUUCUAUUAAAAACUAAAUCAACGAACGACGAACCAUCACUUACCGAGAAACAUACUUGCGUAACAGAAACAAAAUCCAAAAAAGAUGAGUUACAAAAUCAACUAAAACAAUAUGUUCCUACUGAGCAACAACAAACAAUAGUAAUGAAAGAAUUUGCUCGAAUUAAAACAAAGCAGAAUAAAGUACAAUCAACAGUAUUACUGAAAGCUGCUCCAAAUGAUGUAAAGGAAGAAAAUGAACAAUCAACAAUACUAAUGAAAGUUACUUCUGAUAAAAUAAGAAAGGAAAACGAACAACAAACAAAAGAAGUAAUGAACGUUAUACCAGAUGAAACAAAGCAAGAGGAAGGACAACAACAACCAGUAUUAAUGUAUAUUGCUCCAAGUGCAAUUAAACAAGAAAAAGAACAAUCGAAUGUAGUAAUGAAAGCUAUUCCAAAUGAACAACAACGACCAUUAGUAAUAAAACUUACUUCAGAUAGAACGAAGCCAGAAAAAGAGCAACAACCAACAGUUGUAAUGAAAAAAGUUAUCUCGGUUGAAACAAAGCAAGAAAUACAACAAAAAACAACAGAAUUGAUAAACGUUACUCUAGAUGAAGCAAAUCAAAAGAAAGAGCAACAACCAGUAGUAUUCAUGAAAGCUUCUUCAAAUAAAAUAAAUGAAAAGAAAGAACAACCGACAGCAGUAAUAAAAGAAACUGCCUCAGAUGAAACAAAGCAAGAAAAGGAACAGCAACCAACAGUACUAAUGAAAGUUACGCCAGAUGAAAUAAACCUAGACUACAAACAACCGACACUAGUAAUGAAAGCUACAUCAGAUGAAAGGAAGGAAGAAAAAGAACAAUCAACAGUAAUAACGAAAGACGUCGUCAAAGUUGAAGCAAAGAAAGAACAGGAAACGCAAGUAGCAACAAUGAUAGAAGCUACUCUAGACGAAACAAAUCAAGAAAAAGAACAAGGACCAACAAUAGAAAUAAAAGUUGCCUCGCUUGAAACAAAGCAAGAAGUACAACAACCAACUCUAGAAAUAACACUUGUUUCAGAUGAAACAACGCAAGAAAAAGAAAAAUCGACAGUAGUAUUGAAAAUUUCUUCAAAUGAAACAUAUCAUAGUGAAGAGCAACAACCAAAAGUAGUAAUGAAUGCUACUCCAGACGAAAAAAAGCAAGAAAAAGAACAACCAACAGUAGUAAUGAAUGUUACUCAAAACCAAAUACAGGAAGAAAACGAACAUCAACCAACAGUAGUAAUGAAUGUUACUCAAAACCAAAUACAGGAAGAAAACGAACAUCAACCAACAGUAGUAAUGAAUGUUACUCAAAACCAAAUACAGGAAGAAAAAGAACCUCAACCAACAGUAGUAAUGAAUGUUACUCUUGCCGAAGUAAAGCAAGAAAAAGAGCAACAACUAGCUGUAGUAAUGAAUGUUACUCCAGACGAAAUAAAGCAAGAAAAAGAGCGACAACCAGCUGUUGUAAUGAAUGACAAAACUGACACAAAGGAAGAACAAGAAAAACAAGUUGCGACAGUGAUAGAAGCUACUCCAGAUGAAACAAAGCAAGAAAAAGAACAACCGACACUAGUAACGUUAGCUAUUCCAAACAAAGCAAAGCAAGAAACUGAACAAUCGACCAUAUUAAUGGAUGCUACUCCAGACGAAAUAAAGCAAGAAAAAGAGCAACAACCAACUGUAGUAAUGAAUGUUACUCAAAACGAAAUAAAGCAAGAAAAAGAACAACAACCAGCAGUAGUAAUGAAUGUUACUCAAAACCAAAUACAGGAAGAAAAAGAGCGACAACCAACUGUAGUAAUGAAUGUUACUCCUGACGAAAUAAAGCAAGAAAAAGAACAACAACCAACAGUAGUAAUGAAUGUUACUCAAAACCAAAUACAGGAAGAAAAAGAACCUCAACCAACACCAGUAAUAAAUGUUCUUCCAGACGAAAUAAAGCAAGAAAAAGAGCGACAACCAGCUGUUGUAAUGAAUGUUACUCAAGACGAACUAAAGCAAGAAAAAGAGCAACAACUAGUUGUAGUAAUGAAUGUUACUCAAGAAGAAAUAAAGCAAGAAAAAGAGCGACAACCAGCUGUUGUAAUGAAUGACGUUGCCAAAGCUGAAACAAAGGAAGAACAAGAAAAACAAGUUGCGACAGCGAUAGAAGCUACUCCAGAUGGAACAAAGCAAGAAAAAGAACAACCGACAGUAGUAACGGAAGUUAUUCCAAACAAACCAAAUGCAAGAAAUUGAACAAUCGACCAUAUUAAUGAA